UCACUCUGACGUGACGACACCGCCCACCGACCGAACUUGUGCAACGCACCUGCACACACAUCGACCACACACACACACACACAAGAAGUAAAUGAAUGCACCCCUCCCAUGGCCUCCCACCCUCCCUCCCUCCCUCUCUCUGUCUGUGUGCUUACUAUCAAUGUGUUCGGUCGGCGUUCGGUGUCCACUCACGUCGUCAUGGCGGUGCCGUAGAGGUCCCUCAUGUGGCUGAGGGUGGCCUCGGGCAGCCGCACCACAUACCCCUCCUCAUCGAGCACCGUCCCGUCCACCACCCCCCACUCAGACACGCCCUCCGGGAACAUGAGCACAUCUUGGAAACCGUACGCCUCCUCCUCGAUGAGGGCGAAGCCGCCAUUGGGAUGGACGCAGGCCACCAAACUCCCCUCGACGAUGUCGCACAAAACCCUCAGCCGCUUCCUCGGCGGCUCCCCACUCCCACCCCCCUCCCCAUUAUCCGACUCGUCAUCGCUCUCCUCCACACACUCGAGGAGAGGCCGCCUUGGGCGAGGCGCCUCGGGUGUGUGCGGCUCCGGAGUGCCGGGGCGCUCGGGAGUCCGGGCGAUGGGUGCGGCGGGGCUGCUGGGCGCCUCCUGUGGGCUGGCGGCAGUGGUGGGCGUGCUGGAGCUGUUCGUGGUGGGGAUGCCGCAGUUGGACGAUACAUUCAUGGCAGCUCUAGCGCCUGUGCGGCGUGCAUAGGUGUGGUUGGGCUGCUGGCCGUUGCGCAUGGCAGUGCGGCGGCCAUCCAU